CCGACUUGCAUUACUCACAUUCAUACAUUCAGGGGGGUGUGGUGUGCACUGCACGACGGACGGCACCAAGACAGAACACGACAAACGUGUUUUUCUGUUUGUUUGUGCUACUAGUGAGUGAGUAUACACAGAUAGACAGACACGCCGACGACUCCAUGCAUUGAUCCGUCCUCGUCCUUCUUCUACGUACGAACGUACGCACAGCCCAUCCACCCACCGUGGGGUGCAGUGCAGCAGAGCUGUGCUGUCACUUCUCUAGGUUCCACCGCCACCUGACGUGCUUGUGCUGAAUCUUCUGUCGGAACCAAGCACACACAGCACACAGGGAGGGAGGGAGGGAGGCACACCACACCAGAGGGGUAAGAUCAGAUCUUGGUUUGCUGGACUGGAUAUGUGUGUCACAUCCAUCACAAACACACGUCCAUCCGUCCGUCCGUACGUUCCAUCUGGAGGGCGGUUCGCAGUGUAGAAAGACCCUUCCCCGUUCGAUGCCCGCCGCCUCCAGCUCCCGCUGCACCAACUCAUGCAUCUCCUUGUAACUCUUGCCCUCGAACAACGGCGAACACAGCAGGCCCUGCAAUGAGAUGCACACCGACAAACACACAUACACACAUACACAUCAAGCAGGGAGGGAGGGAGGGAGCCCUCUGCAAUUAGUGCAAUGGGUUAAUUAAGCUGUUCGUGUGUGCCAAGCUUGUGGGUGGGUGGCCGGCGGCUCCCUCACGCACGUAGAAGUGUUUGUCGUAGACAUAGUUGCCCACAGUGUAGUCAUUCUUGAUGGCGAAGUGUACUGGCUGCAUCUUUUGGUAGACGGUGCGCUUGAUGGUGUCCAGGUUGGGCGUCGGCCCGGCAGCAAACUUGUGAGCAUGACGCACACGUCCGCAGCACACGGGCGCCAGCUGCCUUGCACUCUGCAUCUCAAUCAGCCGCCAUCACAGCGCGACGUCUUCC